AUGGCUUCAAAACAUCGUGUUGAUUCACAAACAUUUACUCAACCACCUAUGAAUCCAGAUGGCCAUCAUCCAUUUAAAAUCAUGGAUAUUCAAGAUAUCAAAAAACAAUUGUUAGCAAUCGAACGUGUUGAGCGUGAAGAAGAACGAAAGCGUAAAGAAAUUUUGAUGGAAAGAGAACGAAAAGCUAUGUUGGGUGAUGAAGCUGAGGAUGAUGAUCGACCUAUGAAAAAGAAGAAAAAGAAAGAUAUGGGACCUGGUGUCACUGCAAGGUACAUGAGUGAUGAUGUGCGCAACAAGACCACAAAUGAAACUGCAUUGAUGAUUGCAGGUGGUGUAAUGAAGAGUUGGAUGUUGACGGGUAUGAACACAUCUGUACCAAAAGAAAAGAAAGAGACUGUCACAUCACCGCCCCAAUUACCACCAGCACCACAACCUCCUCAACAACAGCAACAGCAACACCAACAGCAACACCAACAGCAACAACAACAACAACAACAACAACAACAACAACAACAACAACAACAACAACAACAACAACAACAGCAGCAACAGCAACAACAUUUUGAAACAGAUGAACAACCAAGAGGAAGAGGUAGACCAAGGAGACACAAAGCAGUUUACGAAUAG